UUUUCUGCUAUCACAGUACCAUUUCGACACACACAAUGUUGGGGUCAGUUAUUAUCCGGUCAUCAUUUACAAACAGAUUGUUUAUUGUAGAUGAAGAUUUGAUUGGAAGCAGUCUCGGGUGUUUAGCGCUGAGCUGUUUCCACACACCAAACCUGAACAGUGACAUUUCACUGUAAUUCUGCUACAUGAAAGAAUGUAUACAUCGAAAACAAAGAAAAAAGAUUUGAGGUCAUUAAUUAUUAUGCAUCUAAAGCGUCUGGAAUCCUUUUCUACACAUUCUUUGUGUGUGUGUGAAAGAGAGAGCACACCAGCUAGAGAAGUAGGGGUGCUGAGCGUGCUGCAGCAUCCCCUGAUAAAUCAGAAUUUCAAAUUGUAAAAAAUAAAACAAAGUAGUGCACUGGGCUUUACUACUAAUGUAUGAGAGGACCAAAAUAUAGCCAUCAGCAGCUCACCAAAAAAUGUCAGCACCCCCACCACUAAACAUCUUCCAGCGGCCAUGCUUGCAUGCCUGUGUGCAUGUGAGCAAUUGUUGGGGGUUGUCAUCAGGCGGAUGUGGAUGGAGUGUAGAGUAAUAUGACUCACACCCAGGAUGGUAAUGGUGUAGGGUUAGUGACUAUAAAAGAUGGACCAGUAGCAAACAGACCACAAGAAGCAUCAAGGGAUAGUGAGAGGCACCUAAUGAUAUCCUAUUGAAGUCUACAUUGACAAGAGAACUUGGACUCACAGAACAGCAUAGCAUUCAAGAAGCUCAGAACACACCUGCACCAGGACCACACACUAUAGGGUGACUUUAGUUCAUCUCUCUCACAAGGAAACCAGCUCUACUUAUUUAACUGAAAAUGCUACUAAAGCUUUCUUUUGUCAUCCUUGUGUGUGUUGGUACUUUGUUAAUGUGUGCAAGCACUCAAAGCCUAUCGAGAGACAAUGGGAUGAAACUGUGCGGAAGAGAGUUUAUAAGAGCCGUUAUCUUCACGUGUGGCGGGUCCCGUUGGAAACGGUCCUUAGAUGAAGACUUGGAUCUCUUCCAUGCCAGCUCCCACAGUGAUGUCACAGAGGGCGAGGACAGCAGACUCAACUGGCCUCAUGGUCUGGACCAGGCCGCAGUAGUAGACCACCCUCUCCAGCUCUCCUCCUCAUCCUCCACCUCCCUGGCUGACCUCCUCUCACUCCUGGGUAGAGUGGGGGACCAUAGUGGGUCAGUGGCCAACCUCGACCCCAGUGAAGAGCUCCAGAAUCAUGCAUUGGUGUUGGGAGGAGUGGGGGGAGCCAGAGAGCAGGCCAGGAGCCCAAGCAUCAAUUGGCAACUCCGCGACAGGCGAAAGAGGAACUUUUCCUCGGGGGUAGCUGGCAUGUGCUGCAACCAGGGCUGCACUAAGAAUGACAUUGGGCUUCUGUGCUGAGACUGGGGCAGUGGGCAACAGGAUGGUGGUGAGGUAGAGCUGCCCUAGCCUGGGUUUAUCUGACCACCUCCUCUAUGUGUUAUUGGAGUGAGGGUGACAGGUAGCCGUCUUCUUUUCAGUGUUUCAUUAGGUUGUUGAUGGGAGAAAUUUCAACACAGGCUAGCUCAGGGUUUCCCAAACUCGGUCCUCGGGACCCCAAGGGAUGCACGUUUGAGUUUUUCCCUAG